AUGUCAGCCAAGAUGCCGAUGGUCGCGCCUAUCUACCUUCCAGGGCAAGAACCAAUGCCAGCUGGCACGACGCAAGAACAGAUCGACCAAAUGGCUCAAAUGCAACUAUGGACAAAAAGGGCAUCGAUGGCGAUGGAAUCCUGUCCGGUCAAGUGCGCCAUGAGCGGAGCAGCAGGGUUUGCGCUGGGGGGUUUCUUUUCUCUCUUGUCGGCCUCUUUUGCCAUCGAUGACCCCCUUCGACGUUCCAACAUGAUGGCGGCAAAUCUGGCCGCGGGUGGCGCGCCCCAGCCCGAAUUGACUACGGGCCAACAGACCAAACUGUUUUUCAAAGAGACCGGAAAGGGCAUGUAUAGAUCGGCCAAGGGUUUCGGAAAGGUGGGAGCGCUGUACUCGGGCAUCGAAUGCGUGAUCGAAGGUUACAGAGCAAAGAAUGACAUUCACAAUGCGAUAUGGGGGGGCUUCUUUGCGGGAGCUGUGCUCGCUCGGAACAGUGGUCCGAAAGCAAUGGUUGGUGGUGGAGUCGCCUUCGCAGCAUUUUCGGGUGCUAUAGACAUGUACUUCCGUAGGGAAACGCCCGAGGAACCUUAA